UGGUGGAAUACUCAAUACCGCUUGUCAAUUUGAUAGCGCAUUCAUCUGAUCAUACCAUGGAUGGUUUGAUAUCGCCACGAGACAUCACGGUCGGAAAAUGUCAAUCGAGUGACUUCAUGCAUGAAGGGGGAUUUUUGCCAAGGAGAAGUCAUUCCCCAGAUGGAAAUCCCCGAGACAAGGAUCUUAUAGCGCAAACUAAGCUGCUUAAAGAUAUGGAGGAUGUGUCCUCGCUUAGAGGGAUUGACCGUGAUUGGCCACAAUGCAUCCGAAAACACAGGGGUGCCAACCUGGUGGAUGUUGAAUUAGUCACAACUUUUUUCAGCGUCACUGUCUGGCUUAGCAGUGACAGUCGCGGGAACAACGGCAUCGUCUCUAUUGUUGCAAGGCGAUUGAUCAGAACAUUCACACUGCAAAUCUCCACGUUAGCACACAGGCAAUGAAAUUUUGGGGAUCUAUGGGUAAGCUUGAUCUAUGUUUUGGACCUCACGCGAUGCGCACUACCAGACUUGCCCUGAACUGCCAUUAAUGACUCGAUUACCCGUAGGUUGGUCACCGGGUAACUGUCUACUAUAUUCAGCUUGUAAUCUCAUAAAAAGUAUUAGAUACACUCUAAUAUCCCAAUUUUAUAUUCUAGU